AUGGCUGAGCAGUGGGAUCUGGACGAAGAGGUCGUCCGCCGUCUUGGGGCGCUGGCCCUGGAGCAGCCGGAACUGGUGGAGUCUCUUUCAUUGCAGGGAUCUUACGCUGGAAAAAUCCAUUCCAUUGGAGAUGCUUUCAAAAAUUUUAAAAACCUCCGCUCCUUAGAUCUAUCAAGGAAUUUGAUCACUAGCUUAAAGGGUAUCCAGUAUUUAUCCUCACUCCAAGACUUGAAUUUAUAUUAUAACAACAUUCCUUCAUUAGUGGAGGUGUCCCGCCUCCAGCCUCUACCCUUCCUCAAAGAACUCGAUUUGAGACUCAAUCCUGUUGUCAGGAAAGAUACAGAUUAUAGGCUCUUUGCUGUGUAUACGCUACAAACGCUGGAAAAACUGGAUGACCGGACUGUACGUGACAGUGAGAGAAAAGCCGCCAAACUGCAUUUCAGUCAAUUGGGCAACAGUGAAAAUUUUCUAUUAGAGGUGGAAAAAAGGGAGAAGACAAUGAAGAAUUGUGUGACAAAUGAGAGAGUCACAUCCAAGGUCAUUUCUGAUGCUGAUAACAGGAUUGAAACUGAUUCAAACAAAGGACUUUUUAUUCCCCUCCCCAGUGGGGAAAUAAAGGAUUCCCUGAUAAGUACUCCUGUAACCCAAGGCAACAAUAUACCAGAUCAAAAGUUAGACGCUUUCGCGAUGGGCACACAGAAGCAGCAAAUGGCAAGAAGGGAGAUGUCAAGUGACUGUCACCAGGAAGAUGAAUUCAGACGCUACUCACCUCAUCAGUCCAGAGUUCGAUCCCCAGAGAAGAUGGCUAGAGAAGGCUACCACGUAUCUUUUUUGGAUAAUAAGUCAUCAGGUUCUUCUCCAGAAAAAGACUUGAAACAAAAACCUGAUACCUAUCAGCUUAUCCACGAUGUCUCACUGGGUAAACGCCUGGAUGUGGGGGAUUCUAGCCAGAUCCAUCCCUAUCAGUUACCUUCAGAUAUUGGUCUGGAAAAUUAUGAUAGUCAUUAUCCUCAAACUCUUUCCCUGCAUGAAAGUCUUGGUAAAAGGCCUCAGAGAAGCAAGAGCUACCGAGAAUAUAGUACAAAGUCUUCAAAUGACACAAAGGCUGCAGCAUCCCAUUCCUGUGGAGACUUGUUGACUUCUCUGUCUAAUCCUGACUCCAGCACUGGAAGACUCUUGAAGCUUAGUUCAGAUCUGUAUGCCACGACCCAUUUCAACAGUGACCCUGGCCUGCUGGUUAGUGUAGAGCAGCAAUUACCCAGCAGUCUCAACGACUUAACGCCACCGCAUGGAUCUUUAUCCAACAACUCCGUCCUGGGAAACUCUUUGCGGACCCUGAUGCUGCCUUCUGGGUCUUCAGAAGAGAGAGAAGCUUUGACCAAGAGGUCGUUCAGCCCAGCCAAGAGAGGCUUCAAGCGUAAGGACAAUGUCCUUGCCACUCUGAACCCAAAGCACGGCUUCCGAGAGGCCACAGGCAGUGAGUCUCUCUCUAGUGACCUGGACAGUUUGCAUGGUUUGCCAGGAAACCACAGUCCCCCGAUCUGUGCCAGAACUUCCCAUGUGGCGACUGUGCUCAGAGAACUCCUAGAGCUGGUGGACAAGCACUGGACGGGCUCUGGCUCCCUCCUCCUCAACAAGAAGUUCCUUGGUCCUGCCCGAGAUUUGCUUUUGAGUCUGGUGGUCCCUUCUCCUCCUCAGCAGUGGUGUCGGGGGCAUCCUGAAGACACUUCAAAAGCCUUCCGCAGGAGGGAGAUGGUGCUGAAGGAAGCUGGGCAGCUGGUGCCUAAUGAUAUGGAAAGUUUGAAGCAAAAACUGGUCCGAGUGCUGGAAGAAAACCUUGUUUUGUCAGAAAAAAUUCAACAGCUGGAGGAAGGUCCCAUCGCCUCGACUGUGAGCGGGCACCAGUCCCAUGCUUAUGAUGAUCUUCUGCGUAAAAACCAACAGCUGAACCAGCAGGUGGCUUGCCUGAGCCAGGAGCUGGCCCAGCUGAGAAAGCUGGAGGAGACAGUGGCCCUUCUCCACGAGAGUCAGAGAUCCCUGGUGGUAACUAAUGAGUAUCUACUGCAGCAGCUGAAUAAAGAGCAAAAAGGUUAUUCCGGGAAAGCGCUCCUGCCGCCUGAGAAGGGCCAUCAUUUGGGGAGAUCAUCGCCCUUUGGGAAAAGCACGCUGUCAUCCUCCUCACCAGCGGCACACGACACGGGUCAGUAUCUGAUACAGAGCAUCUCAGAUGGAGGCUCGGAGGCUGCUUUGUGGAGCUGA